UCACACGUGUGAGAGAAAAGGAAACGAUUGUGAGGAUGUAUUUGUAAGUCUGGCUGGGUUAGAAUGUGUCAGUAGCCAUUACAGGCACCUGCUGUGCUCGGAGUGAAGUGCAGGCGCUGACGGGAACUAGCCGAGAUGCGGAUCAACACAGCGCGAACUGGCAUCGUUCUUUGCCAAGCUACUCGUUGUUAUGACGAUGUAAAACGCUACACUCAUUGCAACCAGGCUAUCCUGAUGGCGACUCCAGCGUACGUGGGGGAGCUGCAGCAGAACUCCCAACCUCAAGCAGGCGCUGUGACCGUGACAGCAGGCCAGCCGGUCGUUGUCACAACUGCGACCGCGCAGCAGUACCUGUCGGAGUUACAGAACACCGUGACCUCUGGCUCGACGGUGUUGACCUCCGGCCAGGUCACGCCUCCUCCGGCACAGACCCCGCCCAGUCAAGCCCCACCCACACAGACGCAGUAUGUCCCGGCGGAGAUGAGCUCACCCACGCAGUCCAGCAAUGCCCAGGGCACGCCGCAGUACAUCGUGGUCACAGUUACAGAGGGCUCCAUCCAUUCCAGUGACUCGGUCUCUGAUUCCAGUCCUCCACCUGCAGUGGUGCAGACCGGAGUUCCGACUCAGGUGGUGCAGCAGGUGCAGUCAUCUCAACAGAGGUCCGUGGUCCAAGUCACAUCUCAGCCAGCCAAGACUGAACAAAGCACUCAAAUGAGUGUCACCAGCCUUCAGCCUGUACACCUGACUCAGGAGACAGCGAACACACCCCAGAGAGAGCUGGAGGAAAGGGCAGAGAGGCUUAGAGAAUUUGAUGAAGCACAGGGAAACUACAGCGGUGAUAAAGGACAGGAGCAUAGAGCAGAGUACGAGCGUAGCCCUCCGCUCGAUCAGCAGCAGAGCGGAGAGAUAACUGAGAUCAGCCUGCUUCCCGUCCAUGAUUAUGGCUUCCCACUUUUUUACCUUUACUGUCCCAGUUACGGCUCUGAGCUGGGAGUCCCGGCAGCUACUCUGGCCACGGUUACUGAAGCCCAGUUCUUGUAUGAGACAGCACAUGGCUAUACACAGCUUCAGCAGGUCCCGGUGCAGCAUGUGUACACAAACCAGGUUCAGUAUGUGGAAGGAGCAGACACCAACUACACUACCAGUACCAUACGCUCCAGCAGUUUCCCGUACACAGACAGCCCGCUGUACACCCAGACCAGUGGCGCUCAGUACUACGAGAGCACCAGCGUUUCCGCCUCCCAGGCCGGCUCCCCCGGCACCGCUGGCUUCGUAGCAGGGACGGGCCAACUGGUGACCAAUCCCACACCUGGUACAGGGGGCGGGGCUACGGCGGUGAUCGCAGCCUCCGGGACAGCGGCGAACGGCUCGGAGGACGGAGGAGGCGGGGCUAACGGAGGUGGCGGCAGCUACGUGAUUCAGGGAGGCUACAUGCUAGGUGGCGCCGGAGGCACCGGCAGCACCAGCAGCGUCAGCAGCGGAAACGGCCAGAGUUACUCCCACAAUGCACGUGUCUCCCCGUCCACCGUGAGUAUUAGCGAGGGAGAGGAGAAUAGCGUGCCAUCGGCAGACAAAAAGUUAUCCUCUGGCCCUCAGGUGCAGUGGUUGUUGGAUAAUUAUGAGACGGCAGAGGGCGUGAGCCUGCCUCGCUCUACUCUCUACUGCCACUACCUGCUGCACUGCCAGGAGCAAAAACUGGAGCCGGUCAAUGCUGCUUCCUUUGGAAAACUCAUCCGUUCUGUCUUCAUGGGCCUGAAGACGAGACGCCUGGGCACUCGUGGAAACUCCAAGUACCACUACUAUGGGCUGAGGAUUAAAGCUAGUUCCUCUCUGCUCCGGUUGAUGGAAGAUCAGCAGCAUUUAGCCAUGAGGCAGCAGCCCUUCUCUCAGAAACAGAGGUUGAAACCAGUACAGAAGGUGGAAGGCAUGACCAAUGGAAUGUCAGGGGCGGGACAACAACAGCAGCAACAGCAGCAGCAGACGUCAGGGCUUUCUGAUAUCAGCGCUCAGGUACAGCAGUACCAGCAGUUCCUGGAUGCUUCCCGUGCCCUGCCAGAAUUUCCUGACAUCGAUUUGCAGGACAAACCUUUGCCAGAGGGCAUCGAGCUGGAGCACAUCAAGAGCUUUCAAAUGCUUUACAGAGAGCACUGUGAGGCUAUCCUGGACGUGAUGGUGAAUCUGCAGUUCACGCUGGUGGAGACGUUGUGGAAAACGUUCUGGAGGUUCAAUGAGAGUCAGGCGGGAGACACGGCCACACUAGCAGUUCAUGACGAGUCAGAGAAGCGGCUGCCCAAGUCGUGCCUGGUGGUGCUGUGUAAGUAUGAUCCGGUGCUGCGCUGGAGCCGAGACUGUGACAACACGCUGUACCAGGGCCUGGUGGAGAUCCUCAUCCCAGAUGUACUGAGACCCAUACCCAGUGCCUUAACUCAAGCCAUCCGGAAUUUUGCCAAGAGUUUGGAAAGCUGGCUGACUAACGCCAUGAUGAACAUUCCUGAGGAGAUGGUCCGGAUUAAGGUGACGUGUGCGAACGCGUUUGCACAGACGCUGCGCCGGUACACCUCUCUGAACCACUUGGCCCAGGCUGCCCGCGCUGUGCUUCAGAACACUGCACAGAUCAACCAAAUGCUCAGCGACCUCAACCGAGUCGACUUUGCGAACGUACAGGAGCAGGCCUCGUGGGUGUGUAGGUGUGAGGAUCGUGUGGUACAACGGCUGGAGCAGGACUUCAAGCUCACCCUGCAGCAGCAAAACUCUCUGGAGCAGUGGGCUGCCUGGCUGGAUGGCGUGGUCUCCCAGGUCCUAAAGCCCUACCAAGCAAGCUCAGCCUUCCCUAAAGCUGCCAAACUGUUCCUGCUGAAAUGGAGCUUCUACAGCUCUAUGGUAAUCAGAGAUCUGACACUGCGCAGUGCAGCGAGUUUUGGCUCCUUCCACCUCAUCCGUCUGCUCUACGAUGAGUACAUGUAUUACCUGAUUGAGCACAGAGUGGCCCAGGCUAAAGGGGAGACCCCCAUCGCAGUCAUGGGAGAGUUUGCCAGCCUCGGUCGCAGUUUGCAUUCACUGGAUCCAGAUAAAGAAGAGGACGACGAUGAGGAAGAUGAGAGCGAGGAUGACUGCCAGGAGUUGGCUUUGCCCUCUGAUGGCACCGCCCUUGGCGAGGAGUCUUUGGAACCCCCUGCCAAACUGGCCCGAACAGACCAGCGAAUUGUCUUCGGCAGCAGUGAAAACUGAGAACACACACACGUACACACGUACACACGUACACACGUACACACGUACACACGUACACACCGCACUAACAUUCAGUAUGUACAAUAAGUGAAAUAUAUGCUGCAGCUUACGCAACUCAUUCCUACACACACACACACACACAUACUGGAACAGUCACACACACAAACACACGUCUACAGAAAUACUUUAGUGUGUUUUAUUUCAAUCUGAUAUCUAUCCAGUGCAUCUGUGGAGCAUGUGUGAUUCUGAGACCAAAAUAUCAAGACAUUUUCUUUGUUAUGUACAAAAAAUGUAACCCCUUUUUACCCAAAACUUACUUAGAAUAGAAGUAAGUUUUUAUGCAUUUUACCCUCUUUUUCUCCCAGUUUAGCAUAGCCAAUCCACUGCUGGGGAUUCUGAGGGCAUCCAUGGAGAGUAUAUUCACCUGACACACUCCCUCCGAUGUGUGCACGGUCCACCAACCCUUUCUUAUUUACCCAUACUUUGGUGGAUUUGCACAAGAGGUCGGCUUUGCCUGGAUCAAUUCUGAAAUGACAAAUAUGCUUGCAGUAUCAGAAUAGGGGCUUUUCAGUUCCCAGUCCCAUUAUAUAUUUUUAAGCAGAAGUAAAAGCAAGUUUGAACUUGGCUAUUGGUCGGACACAUAUCAGUGCACUCUAUGUGCAGGUCCCAGGCCUGGAUAAAUAUACGAUUACGCUAAAAAAGGCAUCCAGCAUUAAAAACUGUCCCAAAUCAAAUAUGCAAAGAAUGAUCAGCUGUUGCGACCCCUAAUGGGAGCAGCCGAAAGGAGUCAUCAUCGGCAUACACAAUUUACUUAUUUAUUAUUUAUUUAAUGUAUACAAGAAGUAUUAACCUGGCAACCCUAUGUGGUGCGUUUUAAGGCGAAUACAAGUAAGUACGACUCAUAUAAACAUGUAAACACAUCUUAAACCAAAUAUGAGCACAUCUUUAGUUCUCCAAUACUACAGAGUCUUAAUUUAA